UCGUCCUAUAGCCUAACAUCUCUGCAGAAGUUUUAAUGUCCUCCGCUCAUUGACGAGAAGUGAUGAAACUUCGAGACUGCGGUAGCUGUUUGCUGGACUUAGGAAACCAGUGAAGGAAUUCUCUUCUAAAUCUCAGGAAACCAGUGAAGGAAUCCUCCUCUAGAUCUCAGGAAACCAGUGAAGGAGUCCUCUUCUAGAUCUCAGGAAACCAGUGAAGGAAUCCUCUUCUAGAUCUCAGGAAACCAGUGAAGGAAUCCUCUUCUAGAUCUCAGGAAACUGGUGAAGGAAUCCUCUUCUAGGCCACAGUACAGUAAGGUCCGUGGCCUCCUCCACCUCUCCAUCUCUUCCUCUCUCACACUUCUCUUCUAGUCUUAAUCUAUCACCAUGGAAGCCAGAGGGAAGUAUGAUUUUAAUGGAACGGCUGAGGACGAACUCAGUUUCCGCAAAGGCGACAUCCUGAAAAUCCUAGGAAGCCAAGAUGAUUGGUAUAAAGCAGAGUUACAUGGGCAUGAGGGUUAUGUACCUCAAAACUAUGUAGAUAGGCAGUUACCCAGCUGGUUCCAGGAGAAUGCCUCGCGGAGUACGGCAGAGGAGAUUCUCAUGGGCAGAGACAUCGGUAGCUUCAUUAUCCGCGGCAGCCAAAGCUCUCCAGGAGAAUUCUCCAUCUCCGUCAGACAUGACCACGAUGUUCAGCAUUUCAAAGUGAUGAAAGACAACAAGGGCCAUUAUUACCUGUGGACAGAGAAGUUCACCUCCCUCAAUAAACUGGUGGAGUACUACAAGAGUGCCUCUAUCUCCAGGCAAAGGGAGAUCUACCUGAGAGAUGGGAGCAAGGAGGACCCGCGACCCUCUGUGCCCCAGCCUGUGAAGAGAGUCAGCGCUUCAGAAGGAAAGAUUCACUCGCCAGGCCGUAUGAGCCCUACCCCGAACAUUGCCCCGACCAAUCAGCGAAGACCAUCUGACCAGCCUUACGCUCCCCAGGGUAAGAGGCCUAGCACGGAUAAGUCUAAUACCAUUGGUUCUGUGGGGAGGACACCUCCGUUCAGCAGUGCCCCUGUUCCCCGCAGGCCUGCAGAAACCUUACCUCCACAGAGGUCAACCCACAUGCAGGUCAGAGCACUGUAUGACUUCAUUGCUGAGGAAGAUGACGAACUGGGCUUCAACAUCGGAGACAUCAUUGAAGUUCUCGACUCUUCUGACGCUUCCUGGUGGAGAGGACAGUUGCGUGGCAACGUAGGCCUCUUCCCUGCCAACUACACCAUAAGAUUUUAAUGCCAGGGACCCCGUUUACAGUGACAGUCUUUCACUGGAACCAUGUCAGAAAAGGAACUUAAACAACAUGGGAUGCUGGUGGAUUGUUGAUUUCAGUGCAUCCUGGGAGCAGAUGGAUACAGUGUAUGGGAACUUUUGAGAGACUUGAAAGUAAUCUAAAAAGAUAUAUGAUGCUGUUUCUUUUGGCAAUGUUUUUUUUUCUUUUAUCAAAACAGUAAAAAGACUUCAUCUGCUAAAGGGUUAAGUUCUUGUCAUUUUGAUGGGGUUUGAAUGAAGAAUAUAAGGUUGUAAGUCAUUAACGUCUCUGGGGGAGUGCCCGAUCACAUUCUUCAGAUUGACAUCACAUGCCUGGUUAAUAAUCUUGUGGUUUCUCAGCUGACGUGAGCUGAGUGAUCUGUGUUUUAUUGUAUCAGGAGAAAUGAGGACAAUCAUGGUAAAAUCAAUGGUUAAAGCAAUCUGAUACAGAGUCAGAUGUCUCUCUCUCUCUCUCUGUGUUUUUUUUUUAAUUUAGCACGAAGCACUAACUAUUAAUACAAGCAAUUUACACAGCAGUGCUACUCUGUAGUUAAUUCUUAUUUGUUUUAUAUGGUGCGUUUGCUUAUCUGAAUGAACUUCUACAAUGAUGGUAUAUGGCUAGCUGAAGAAUCUCCCAUAUAUUGUCUGCAAUAAAGUGGAGGAUAUAUACCCAGAAAGGAAGUUUUAUAUAUCAUUCAAUAAAUAGCAUGCCUUUGUUAAACCUGACAUCACUUAGGUCGAAUUUUCUUGAAAAUUUUGGCUUACUCUGUAUCGCAAUGUCAUGGGUUAUAUAACAAAACACUGACUUGAUGUCCCGCGAUUUGUGUUGGGGGUAUCGAACUUAACCAAUGCGAGAUCGAAGAACAGAAUCGCUAGUGUGUACUGCCCAGUGAUGUUCUGGAUAAUUCUGUGGUAGGCUAUGUUUGAAUAGGGUGCAUGCGCGUAACCAAGGCGUAAACCAAAGAGCCCACGCGCAGCACUGAGGCGGUAAUAAUGACA